AUGCGAACACGUUCACAAGACUUAGUCGAUAAACGAAAACCUCAAGAGGAGCGUUUAGCAAACCAGACAACGACGAAGCGCAAAAAGAAAACGAAAGCCUUACCUGCCGAAGAUCAUCCAGAAUCAGUUCCAGUUGAAAAGCGGCUUCGUUGCUAUCGUUCAAAACCUACGAGUGCCAUGUGCACUCGCAUAAAACGUGCUAUACGGGAACGAUUAUAUUUAUUGGCCGUCAGUUCAACAUUAGAAGAACCUACUCGUCGGACAUAUCAAGUUUUUGGACAGACAGGCAAUGUUUACACUGUCACUAUUAGCCGUUUACUAUCGUGUACUUGUCCCGAUCAUGCUUCAGGCAAUGUAUGUAAACACAUCAUUUUUAUCUUGCAUCGUGUGCUCAAAGUCGAUAGUCGUUCACGACUUUUGUAUCAAAGAGCGCUGUUAACUAACGAAUUGAACGAGAUAUUUGCCAAUGCCGAUGCGCAGCAGAACGCUAUUUUCAAUGAUUCAAAUAUUCUUGCAGAGCAAGAGGUGCGCAAAGCCUACCAAGUAACAACGGGUGACUCCAAUACAAUCCUUGAUACUGUCGCUGAUGCAACUGUGCCAGAAACAGUUGUAAAACAAAAAACAAUUACGGCUGACGAUGACUGUCCCAUAUGUUGUGAAUCAAUGGAAGAUAAAGCAGGCGACCCUGCAAAUAUUCUAUUUUGUUCCACUUCAUGUGGUAAUAAUAUGCACAACAACUGCUUUAAUCAAUGGCGUCGAAUGAAAACAUUGAUGCGUGAACCGGUUACUUGUCCGUUCUGUCGUAUUGAAUGGAAAAUAACUACAGAUAAUACAUCAAGUGGACCAAAUGUUUCUUAUACCGCAGAUGGCUUUCUUAAUUUAGCAGCUCAUUCAACGACUACGGUUCGGCGUUCCUCUCCUCCACCCUAUAGUUUCAAUUAUCGUCGGUAUCGACGAUAUUAUAGACGAUGA